AAACGCGCAACAUGAAAUAUUUUAGUUGUUUGAUUGCCUUCUUUGCCUUGUUGGCUGUUGUCUUGGCCUGUGAUCCCGAUAGCAACAAUGAGCCCGUUUGUAGCAAAGAUAAUUUGAAUGUACCCGUUCGCAAUUUCUGGGAUCCUACCGCCUAUUGGCAGUGUGAAUCGGCUGGUGCUGCCGCCAAAUUGGUACGUUGUCCCGAUGCCCAUUUGUUCGAUUCGGCUAAAGGCGAAUGUGUUCUAUGGAAUGAAUGGUCUUGGACAAAUCCUUGUCCAGAAAAUCAGGAGGCAUAA